UUAUCCUCUAUUCUUGAUAAAUAAACCUCCACAGGUUCACUAAAAAAAUGUACGUUGAUAUCGAAUUCAAAAACUUGACCUACUUCAUUUCAGAAAAUAAAAAGGUUUUGAGUGAUUUAAACGGUAAAUUCGCCAGUGGGGAAUUAACAGGAAUUUUAGGUCCUUCCGGGGCGGGAAAAUCAACAUUAUUAAAUAUUUUAGCUGGAUUAAUUCAUGAUGGUGUUAAAGGUGAUAUUUACAUCAAUAAUAAGCCGAGAAACAACAAAAUGUUUCACAAAAUCUCUUCUUACAUCAUGCAAGAUGACGUUGUUCAACACCAUCUAAAAGUUGAAGAAUGUCUUCAGAUCGCAAUUAAUCUAAAAUUAGGAAAAUCCCUUUCUGAUUGCGAAAAAGAAAAAACUCUCAAAACAAUUUUAAAAUCAAUGUGUUUAGAACAAUGUAUACAAACGGAGACUCAAUAUCUUUCCAGUGGGCAAAGAAAACGUCUUAUAAUAGCGUUAGAAUUAGUUAAUAACCCACCAGUUAUCUUUUUAGAUGAACCAACAACUGGAUUAGAUGAAAUUACCCUUUUAAGUUGCAUGAAAUUAUUAAAACUGUUAACUGGAGAAGGUCGCACAAUAAUCUGCACAAUUCACCAACCGUCGGAUAACGUUUUUAAUUUAUUUGAUAACGUUUACUUUCUCGUAAAAGGACGAUGCGUUUACAAAGGGAAACCCGGCGAAAUUAUACCAUUUUUAAACGAAAUUAACUUAUCGUGUCCACUAAAUUAUAACCCAGCCGAUUAUUUAAUUGAAUUAAUAGCCGAAAAUGAUGAAUUCCAUGCCUCGUUAUCCAAUCAAGCUAAAAAAUGCAAAUAUAACGAAAACAACAUUCAAAAUGAUGGUGUAAUAUGGCCAUAUGAAGAUUUACCACCGCUGUGGUAUCAAGUAAAAGUCUUAAUGUCAAGAAGAUUUAAACAGAUUUUUCGAAAUAAACUACAUUUAUCGAUUGAAAUAGGACAUAAUAUUUUUACUGGUUUUUUUAUAGGAUUGUUGUUUUAUCAAAUGGGGAACAACGCGAAAACUUUGGUUAAUAAUAUUUUCAUCUUUUAUGCGAUAAAUAAUUAUUUAAUGUUUACCUUUGGAAUUACACUGAUUUUAAUAUAUCCAUUUGAAAUGAAAAUUCUUCAAAGGGAAUACAUGAAUAGAUGGUACAAUUUGAAAGCUUAUUAUUUAGCUUUAAAUUUAUCGAUUUUUCCAAUACCAUGUAUUGGUACCACAAUUUUAUGUUUAUUAAUUUACUACAUGACCGGACAACCAACAGAUGAACCCUAUAGAUUUUUUUGGUUCACCCUAUCAUUAAUUCUUUAUGGUUUUGCAUCACAAGGUUUCGGAUUGGUAAUAGCAACAAUUUUUAAUCCAGCUCAAGGAGCUGUUGUUGGAUCAACAAUCGGAGUGGCUCUCGUUCUUUUGUCGAUUUGCACAAAUGGAUACGGAGAUCAACUUUCCACAACAAUGAAAAUCUUGACUUCACUCAGUUAUGUUUAUCACACAUACUCAGCAAAUUUAAUAGCGAUAUUGCGUGCGAGAGGACCCGCAAUAUGCGAGGAUGCUUUUUGUUAUUAUUCAAGUCCAAGGGAUCUAUUAAAGAAAAUGGGAUUAAGUGAAAAUGGUUAUUUCAUUUCUAUUUUGUAUGUGUUAUUCUUUUUGGUGUUACACAGACUUAUGGCGUAUGUUAUCUUAAAAGGAAGAGUAAACCCAAAUUCUAAAUUAAACAAGUUGUUGAAAAAUGUUAAUUAAUUUUGUUUUUAUA